UAGCCCGUUUGUGCGUCAACGUCUGUUUUGUUUAUAAAAAUUUCUGUGAUGUGUUGAAUGAAAACACGAACAAUGUCGGCCAAAAUAGUGAUAAAUCGCAACGUUAGGACUUUGUGGACGCAAGUGCAACCGAAUGGAGUGCUGUUAAAACAGACCGCCAAAUAUACCAACUAUCCAGUGUGUAUUUACAAGAGGAGGGACCGUUCAAAUUUUGUGGUAAAGUGUAAAUUCAGUGUGAACUCGCCGCAGUGCGGUUCCGCCGGCAGGGCCGAAACGACGAGCACGACACAGGGCCUCACCAAAUUGCAGGCGGAAGAAUUAAUUCUUCGUCUGAACGGCGAAGAAAGAAACAUACUUCUCGGCGCCCUGCACGAAUACCAAUCAAAAUUAGUCAAAGACGAAUACGAAGGUCAGUUGGCGGCUUCGAGGUGGCGUAGCAAAUAUGGGCGGCCGAGCAAACUGCCCAGCCUGGGCGACGUCGAUCCCACCGGCACGUACUGUCCCGUGCCCGAGGAUUGGCUCCAGAAGAAGUUCGCUGAAUCAGUUCCUAAACCAACUACGAAAAACCUAGUCGACAUCGCCAUCGCAAACUCCAUUCCUUUCAUCGGAUUCGGAUUCCUCGACAAUUUCUUCAUGCUGUUUUUUGGAGACUACAUCGAUAUCUACCUCGGUUCGUACUUUUGCCUGACCACAAUGGGCGCUGCAGCCUUGGGCAACACCCUCUCCGACAUACUGGGCAUAGGCACGGCGUUCUACGUGGAACGCCUGGCCAACAAAAUCGGUUUCAGUCCGCCGAAACUGUCGCCCAUCCAGAUGGACAUGAGCUGCUCGAGGAACGCGGCCAAUUUCGGCAGAGUGCUGGGCGUCACUUUGGGUUGUUUGUUGGGCAUGUGUCCGUUGCUGUUCAGGACGAAGAGCAAGGAGGACGAUGAGGACGAGGAGAAGGAAGAAUCGGUGGAUGGAAAGUUGGCAGAGGCGACUUAAAUCGGGUCGGUUGGACGAGCUCAUAAUUUGAGUGGUGCUAAAACGUAGGUUUAGAUGGACGAGUACAAUUCAUAAAUUUUAAUCGAUAUUAUAAAUUAUAACGUGUAACGGAGAAUUUAAGCCGUGCGUUUCAGCACGAUUCAGUGCCAUUUUUUUAGUUUAUUUAUUAUAUAGUCAUAUGGUUGUGAACCAUGUUCCGCAUGUACAAACCCCGUAAGAUAAAAUUAAAUGCAUCAUAUAUUGUGAAGACAUAUCGCCAGUCAAUUUUAUUUGUCUGUGUCGGUAGUUUAUUCGACGUGGAUAGCCGUGUCUGUUUUAUUUGGUUCCAACGUUUUUAGUUUAUACGACCAAUUUUACGUGAGAGCGUAGUUAUUUGAAAAUAUUAUAUAGUAUUUCCAUCCAUCCACAGAAGUGGAAUUAUUAGUAAAGACAACAUUGUAAUGUUGUAGCUUAAAAUAGACAAAUCAAAUAGAACAAUGUAUAUGUAAAUCUAUUAUUGUAGAAUAAUUUUAUUACCAAUCAGUGUUGUUGCAAUUAUCAGCAGUUAAGACUAAGAAAUACUAUAUUGUAUAAUUUUGAAGUAUGCAAGAUUCUUGGUCUCAAUUGAUCCUUUUAAUAUAAACAUCCCUACCUGUCAUGUUGUCUUUUAAAUUUUUUACAUGUGUUCAUAUAUUCAUAAGAUGUUAAUUAACUUAUUUGUUAUAUUUAUUUGUUUUUACUUAUUAAUGGUUUAUAGAUCGUUUUUAAGUAAUUUGGAUGAUUAGAGCUUAAUAGCUUUUGUAGUCUUAAUAGUGAAAUUUUAAUGAGAUUAGUUUCCAUCUAUAAUCAAUUUUAAUUUGAUGAAGUACUAAAGAUUCAUUUAUUUUAUUCAACUGGUUUUAUAUAAUGAUUAAUUAAUCUACCUAAUUAGAUUUAUUAUCUAUUAUCUGAGAUUAUACAACUUUUAUUUAUAAAUGACAUUUCAUUAAAAAUGUUACUAAGCUAAAUAUUUAAUUAAUUUACACAUCAUUUUUGUCAUAAAUGUGCAAAUUUUAGACCUUUUCUGAAGGGAAUGGACAGUUAAACAUUAAGCUUAAACUGUUAAUUUAGCUCAAUUUUUAGCACAAAGUGAUAGUUGUUGAAUUAUGUAAAUAAUAGUUAUUAUUCGCAUUAUUACAACUAUAUGUGCAAUUUUAAAUGGUUCCUUAUGCAAUAUCUACAUUAGUAGCAGCAAUAAUAUCAAAUAUUUCACAGGGUUUUUAAAGCUUUUAUACUAUAUUGGAGCUUGUUAAUUGUUUAUAUUUAAAUAUAUUUUACCUAUUAAUCAAA